CCUGGCUUCACCACCACCACACAAAAAAGUACCCUUACUAGAUAUAUUCUUUGCACUCACACACACACAUAUAUAUAUUCGAUCUUAUCUCAUAUGGAUACAGCAAUGCAAGGAACGAGCAUUGCUCGGGUAUAUGCCAGUGUCAAUCUGCAACAACCCAAAGAAUACUAUGAUUACGACUCACUCCAAGUUACGUGGGGUGAUCAAGAUCAUUAUGAAAUCUUUCGCAAGAUUGGACGUGGCAAAUACUCGGAAGUGUUUGAAGGUGUCAAUACGCUGAAUGGACAAAAGUGCGUCCUCAAGGUUCUGAAGCCAGUAAAAAAGAAAAAGAUCAAGCGUGAAAUCAAGAUUCUGCAAAACUUGACGGGUGGACCGAAUAUCGUGGGGCUUCUGGAUAUUGUUCGAGACCCACAGUCGAGAGUACCUUCUUUGAUCUUCGAGUCUGUCAACAACACCGAGUUCAAGAUCCUCUAUCCACGUUUUUCGGAUUACGAUGUGCGAUACUACAUGCAUGAGCUGUUAAAGGCUAUUGAGUACAGUCAUAGUCGAGGUAUCAUGCACCGUGAUGUGAAGCCACACAAUGUCAUGAUUGAUCACGAGAAGCGACAGCUUCGAUUGAUCGAUUGGGGCUUGGCAGAUUUCUAUCAUCCGGGCACUGAAUACAACGUCCGAGUUGCCUCCAGGUGCUUCAAGGGUCCCGAAUUACUCGUUGACUUCCAGCUCUACGACUACAGUUUGGAUUUGUGGAGUUUCGGGUGCAUGUUGGCUGGUAUGGUAUUCCGUAAGGAACCCUUCUUCAAUGGUCAAGACAACUAUGACCAACUUGUCAAAAUUGCAAGAGUGCUUGGCACCAGCAAAUUGUAUGAAUACUUGAAUAAAUACAAUUUGCAGUUGGACCCUCACUUUGACAAAAUCAUGGGAAGAUACGCACCAAAACCUUGGUCCAAGUUUGUGAAUCUAUCUAACCAGCGUUAUAUGUCGGAUGAGCUGUUUGAUCUCCUGGAUAAUUUAUUACGAUACGAUCAUCAAGAACGACUAACAGCACAGGAAGCCAUGGCGCAUCCAUACUUUGCUCCUAUUCGUGAAGCUGCUGCUGCUGCUGUUGCGGCAGAGGAGAAAUAGAAAAGGCCAAUUCAUUUGCUUUUUUACCUUUAAUUACAACAACGCGAGCACACACACAUUCUCUCUCUUUCUCUCGACCUAUUUUUCAACCCUCGCCGUAUUUUUUAUCUCAUAAAUGUAAAGUAGUACCUUACGUCCUCCCUGUCUUUUAUUUUCCCGCAAUAUCUCUCUUUAUUUUCAUACCAUUUUUUUGUCUUUAUUUUUUGCAUUUGUUUUAUCGCGUCAUAGUCUUAAGUAUGUCUCUACUGGGUUGUAUCUCAUAGUUUCAUUUUUUAAAAAUGAAGAUUCUAUGACGCGGAAACCGACGACGCGUUUUCUUAUGAGAAACAAUAAAAAUCUGGUUGAAG